UUCAUCAAGUCAGCAUCGGCGCCGAAGAGCAUCAAAUAGUAAACAAAAACAAUGCUCUCGACGACCCAACACGUGGUUUACGCAACGAUGGCGUCUUGCGCAAAGCCAUUAGCCCCUUCCAACCCUUUGCUACGGCGUGGUCUCGUAGUGAUGGCCACCGCACAACAACUACAAACCCAUGCCAUCGUGGCGGUUGGGGUAGCACGAGGAUUUGCCAGCAGCAGUUGGACUUGGAGGACACCAUCAUCAUUCAUCGGUGAUAGUCGGUUGAAGCAGGAAGCACACAGUUCCGAUUCGAGAUCCGUACUUAGUAGAGUCUCAUUUAAUAGAUCUCCGCAGGCAACAGCUGCACGCAACCAUCUUAGAAGAACCAUCAUGACCGCCGUAGUAAAACCCCGCCUGGUUGGUGUCGAGGAAUCGCGCCGCUUCAUGGUGGACUGUUUUCUCAAGUCCAAAACGCCCGAGUCACACGCAAAGCAGAUGGCCGAUCUGCUGGUGGAGGCCGACUACCGGGGGCACUUUAGCCAUGGCAUGAAUCGCCUGGAGAUGUACAUCAACGAUCUGCACAAGAACGCAUGCAGUGGAGCAGCCGAGCCGACGAUUUUGAACGAAACGCCAGCCGCGGCAUGGGUCGAUGGCAACAACGGUCUCGGCGCAGUCGUUGGAAAUUUCUGCAUGGAUUUGGCGAUCAAGAAAGCCAAGGAAGUUGGUGUCGGGUGGGUUUGUGCGAAACGUUCCAACCAUUAUGGCAUCGCCGGAUGGUACACCCUUCGGGCCAUGAAAUCUGGUUGCAUCGGUAUGUCAAUGACCAACACAUCUCCACUGGCCAGUCCGACCAGGAGUAAGGAAGCCGCCCUUGGAACGAACCCCAUUUCGGUUGGUGCUCCAGCUGAAAAUGGCGAUGGCUUUGUGCUCGAUAUGGCCACCACGGCAGUGGCAGUUGGAAAAAUCGAAAUUCAACGGCGCAAGGGUGAACCGAUUCCCCUCGGGUGGGCUCAGGAUCCAACGGGUCAUCCCACAACGGAUGCCAAUUUGGCAUUCGACACCGGUUGCCUAAUGCCUCUCGGCGGUACCGAGCUCACUUCCGGUUACAAGGGAUACGGCUUGGCCGCAAUGGUGGAAGUAUUCUGCGGUAUCAUGGCGGGUUCGAACUACUCUACCAAGGUUCGCAAGUGGACCCACGCCGGAGCCGAUACGGAAGCCGAUCUUGGUCAGUGCUUUGUCGCCAUCAACCCGGCCUGUUUCGCUCCCGGGUUCGAGGGAAGGUUGUCCGAUUUGAACAGUAUUCUGAGAAAUAUGCCAAGGACUGAUGAAUCGAAGCCGGUUCUGGCACCCGGUGAUCCAGAGCGUAAUCACAUGUCGAAAGUAGACCAGGAAGGAGGAUUAGCCUACCACGAGAACCAGAUCAAGACUUGCACCCAGCUGUCGGAACGGCUGGGCGUGAAACCGAUCUCUUUUGUUGCUUAACAAAAGAUACAUCCGGCGUUGAUUGUUAUGCAUUUAACCUAUUAUUUACAUUUAUCUUGUAAGGCACUUUCCUCUACUCAAAAGAGGAACCGAACGGCGUUAUUCAAUCGAUUUUAUUUUCUCUAAU